AUGGCUGCGUCAGGCUCUACACCAUCGAAGACGUGGCUGUACUUCCAGCUCACCCGCCUGCACAUGUUUCCUCUCGGGAAUAUCCAUGUUAUAUGGCCAGGAUUGUGGGCCUUGACCCUGGCAGCGUACGGGACCAACAUGCCAGUUGCAGACUUCAUAUACCGCGCUAUACUCUGCAUCGCCGGCGGAACGUUGGUGCAUUCGACCGCCUGCGUUCUCAACGACAUCUGCGAUAUCGACUUCGACAGACAAGGAAAACGAACUAAGAAUCGGCCGCUCGCGGCGGGACUUCUCCCUGUCUCGGGAGCUUGGGAACUCCUGGUGGUCAUGUCUGUCGCUUGCGUCUACCUGCUCUCGUUCGCCAACACAGACGCUGUUGCAUUCGGACUUUUCGGCCUCUUUCCGCUCCACGCGUUGUACCCUCUCAUGAAACGAUGGACUUCCUGGCCUCAAGCAUGGCAUGGCGUCACUAUGAACUGGGGUCUUGUUGUAAUCUGGAUGUCGAUCAAGCCGACAUACACCAGCGAUGAAACAAUCUUCCUGGGCACCAUGCUCGCGGGCUGUGCAUGUUGGAGCAUCCUCUACGACACGAUGUACGCGAGCCAGGACCGUGAAGACGACCUCAGAACUGGCGCGCAAUCCACCGCGGUGACGUUCGGCGACCGAGUUUACGGCUUUCUGGCGUUCUUCGCGGCCUGCUUCGUCUUGUCCAUUGCAUUGAUCGGGCGCAUGAACAACCAGCGCUGGCCCUUCUUCGCCAUCUCAGUGGGCGGCACUGCUUUGCAUCUGGCGUGGCAACUGAAGACGUGGGAUAAUAAGGAUGAUAGCAGUUCGUCUGCGAUGUUCAAAGCAAAUGGGGAUUUAGGAUACAUCGUGUGGGCGGGUAUGUUGAUAGACUAUCUCUCCAUGUAG